UUUACCACUUUAUACACAACACAUCUGCAUCUCAUCAGUAAAGCAUUCAAGAAUUUUUUUCUUUUUAAUUUCUUUAUUUUUAGCCUCCUUCUCAACUCCCUGAUUCAGUAUCUGUUUUCUUAAAUGACUGCACUCCGUGACUUCUCUGCAUGAACUUGAAGAGUUGCUUCUCAUGGCAGUUUCUCAUGUCACUCUGUGGAGAUUAAUUUCUGGAUUCCUGGGAGUAAUAUGCCUUUCACUGAUGGCUACUUUGGGAAUUUUAUUGAAAAAUACCUUCACUAAACAAAGUGUUCAAUCAACAGCUCCAGUAUCCAUCAAAGGACUCCAGAAAGUACCUGACUGCUGUUCUUGCCAAGACAAGUGGAUCGGCUACCAGUGCAAUUGUUACUUCAUUUCUUAUGAUAGAAAGUCUUGGGAGGAAAGUAGGCAUUUCUGUGCUUCUCACAACUCCAGUCUUCUGCAGCUCCAAAACAGGGAUGAAUUGGCUUUUAUGAACACCACCACAGUGCUGUUUUGGAUUGGUCUCUCUUUUAAUAAAGAACAUGAUACCUGGUUGUGGGAAGAUGGCUCGGCUCCUUCCAAGAAGUUAUUCCCAUUGCUUCCAACUCCAGCUCCAGGGAAGUGUGUAGAAUAUAACCCAAGACAAGUGGCUUUGACUGAAUCCUGUGGAAAGAACAAUCGUUACAUCUGCAAGCAACGGCUUAUUUAAAUGUUUCCUUGGGCAGAUUAGUAGACAAUAGAGAAGCAAGACUACUAAAAAAUAUCACCUUUUCUUCCUAAAUUAUUACUGCUGUCUACUUUUAGGACGUGUGAAAUGUUUCAAGCUGUCUUACACAAUUUUCAAAUAUUUGAAACGAUGUGUUUUUAAAAUGGAAGUUGUAUGCCUAUGCAUGAAAUUGUCAAGUAUAAAGAUACAUAGUUAUCUGAAUUUUUAAACUGAAUGAAUAUGUUUAACA